CAUGGGUCCCGGUGUCUGGAAAGUCCUCUUCUCGUCGACCGCAGAGAAGAGGGGAAGGCUAUAAAUUGAGAGCUUGCUGCACAUUUUGACUGCUGGCUGUCCGUGGAAGCAUGAGCGCCAUUUCAGCGAGCGUGUUGCAGGCGUAGGCGGAGCGGGUUCGGAUGACUGUGGAGCUGCUCCGGGAUUUUGAACUGUCGGAUGUUCUUGUAAAAUGACAUGACAUACUUUCGGAACGAUGCGAAUCACGUGGGACUCAGAGCACAACGAGCCAGGAUGUGAAAGCUGCUCGUACGAUGAAUGGAACCAAGUGGAGGAGAAGCAGCAGGUGCUCGGGGUGUGGUCUUUAGGAUGAGUGUGCUGGGGGUGAUAGAGGAGGUGUCGAGGUUUUUUGCGAAGCAGUGGAAAGUGUCGAAUUUGUCUCUGCAUUUCAUAUAUAUUUCUUCAUCUGGUAGAUGCCAGCCUGUGGUUCUUUGGGCAGAAUCAGCGGGGAUGGUACAAUGCAGCAGUUGAUUUUAUAGUUAAAACGGUCGCGCGGCGAAACUAUUAGCUGAGAGUUGAUAGAAUUUGUAUUUUGAAACAGCUGAGUUUGGAGCUCAAAUCUGCAAUUGUAGUUGGAAGGGAGAAGGUGACUUACAGUUUAUGCUGCUUACAAAUUGGGGCAAAGACAUGUGUUCUUGCUAGGGUCUCCUUCAGCUGUUGCUUUGAUACAAGCAUGGAAUUGGAAUACAAGUAUAGAGAUUAAUGGCAAAACAGCGCAAGCAGAAGCAGAGGGAUAGUCGUCCUCCCAAUGCAGAAGCAGUCAGCAGACCUGAUGAAAGCUGGUGCUGUACAAUACGCGAUCAGAAACUCUGCGUUGCUGUUGAUAUCGCAGAACAGCGUAUUUACGGGUAUACGGAGUUGAAGGUGGUGGCACCCAAGAGUGGAGUGAUAGGGCUCCAUGCUCGUGGUCUGCACAUCGAGAAAGUUUUGGUCGACGGUAACCCCGUAAAUUUUGAGCUACAGCAGGUUCAUUGUGUGAAUAAGCAGGAUAGGAAUGGAGCAUCCAUACCAAGCUCCCCAGCUGAGGCGGCUGAUAUUGGGUAUCCUAGAUACGUGGCCACUUUGGAAGAGGAAAUGGUUCCAGAGCUUUUGAUAUCCCUUUUGGAUGCUGCCGGUAACUCCAUAGAUGCCAGUCAGGGUCAAUCUCCACCCGAGCAAGCAUUAUCAGACUCUAGAGACAAUGGAAUCCCUCAGACAACAUCGGAGACAAAGCCUGAAGCUUCAAACUUACUAACACCUGGUUCCGCGAAUGAGCGGUUGAAACUCAUUCACGUGCAGUAUUGGGUUGAAAAACCCACUGCUGGAGCUUACUUCCACCGGAACGUCUUUCACACCAAUAGUCAGCUGAGAAGGGCAAGGUGCUGGUUCCCCUGUGUGGACUCAACGUCCGAGCGAUGUAGUUACUCGCUCGAAUUCACUGUUCGUUCUGAAUACAUUGCCGUCAGCAGUGGCAAACUUCUUUACCAGGUUUACAGGGAUGAAAACUCUUCGCUUAAAACCUAUGCUUACGACCUCAGCAUACCCACCACAGCUAGUAACAUUUCGUUGGUGGUUGCCCCUCUGGUGGUGCUUCCUGAUCGGUCAAAUCCAAUGAUUUCACACAUGUGUAUGCCGGGUGAUGCCACAAAACUACAAUGUACAGUUAGCUUCUUCCACUUUCUUUCAAGUACCUACGAGGAAUAUCUCGGUGCUCCAUUCCCUUUUGGGUGCUACAAACAAGUUUUUAUCGAUUCCGAAUCUGCUUCCAGUUCAGUUUCUAUAGGUGCCUCUAUGGUUACCAUCAGCUCACAUCUGCUCGUUGACGAUAGAAUAAUAGAUCAGGCAUUUAACACGCAAGUAAAAUUAGCCCAUGCUCUCGCACAGCAGUGGUUUGGUGUUUUUAUUACACCAGAUACACCAGCAGACGCAUGGUUGUUGGAAGGCCUCGCUGGAUUCUUAAGUGAUCAAUUUGUCAAACGUCACAUGGGCAACAAUGAAGCACGUUAUCGCCGGUACAAAGCAAAUGAAGCUGUGUGUACGGUGGAUGUGGAAGGAGCCCCGGUUUUGAGCUGGCCAUCUGUCGGUCGAACAGACCAGUAUGGAGUUGAAACACUUGGAGCGCUUGGUCAGAUUCGUGUUUGGAAGGCUACUGCUGUUGUUCAGAUGUUGGAGAAGCAAAUGGGCCCGGAACCUUUUAAAAAGAUUCUGCAGCGCAUUAUUCUUCGAGCUCAGGAUCCUGUACGUCAUAUGCGGACUCUGAGCACCAAAGAGUUUCGUCAUUUUGCAAAUAAGCUUGGAAAUUUGGAGCGCCCAUUUUUGAAGGAAUUUUUCCCUCGUUGGGUAGAGUCAUCUGGCUGCCCGCGUCUAAGAAUGGGUUUCGCCUAUAGCAAGCGACGUAACAUGGUCGAGCUUGCUGUACGUCGUGAGUCUACUGCAGCUUCAGACCUGGCUACAACUGAUACUCAGACAGGAAGCAAGCCAGUAACACCUGAUCCAGGGUGGCCAGGUAUGAUGAGCAUCCGGGUGCAUGAGCUAGAUGGCAUGUACGAUCAACCCAGCCUUCCCAUGGCUGGAGAGACCUACCAACUUUUAGAGAUACAAUGUCACUCAAAGCUUGCAGGCAGGCGUAUUGCCAAACCUAAAAAAGGAAGUAAAGCUGAACCUGCAGACGAUAGUGUGGAUGCUGCAGCUCCUGACAUGCGUGUGAGCAUGGAGUCUCCGUUGCUGUGGUUGCGAGCGGAUCCUCAGAUGGAGUACAUAGCUGAAAUUCAAUUACAUCAGCCUGAGCAGAUGUGGAUUAAUCAACUAGAGAAAGACAGGGAUGUUGUGGGGCAACUUCAGGCAAUUGCAGCAAUGUGCGCUCUUCCGCGACCAACUUUUGGAAUUGUCACUGCCCUCAAUAAUUGUUUGAUAGAUUCCAAGGUCUAUUGUCGCGUGAGGAUUGAAGCCGCUUCUGCGCUUGCAAGAACGGCCACGGAGGCUACCAGCUGGACAGGCCUAUCAAAUCUCAUAAAGUUCUAUAAGAGUCGCAGAUGUGAUCCUGACAUCGGGCUCCCAAGGUCAAAUGACUUCCACGACCUAGCAGAAUACCUCGUUCUUGAGGCCAUACCGGGCGCAGUUGCGUCUGUUCGUGGCAGUGACGGUAAAAGUCCAGUCGAAGCAACCGACUUCAUCCUCCAUAUACUGAAGCACAAUGAUAAUAGUGGCAACCAGUAUUCAGACGUGUUCUGGCUUGCUUCAGUGAUUGAAGCCAUUGGCAGUCUUGAGUUUGGGCAGCAGAAUCUUCAGAAUUUCUCGAAGUUCUUGAAGCAAAUUGACCGAUUUUUGCAGUAUGACAGAUUAAUGCCGAGCUACAACGGUGUUUUGACCAUUAGCUGUAUACAUACUUUGACUCGUCUUGCUAUAAACUUUUCAGAUGUCUUGCCUGUGGAGAGCUUGGAGAGGCUACUGCAGCCAUUUGGAGAUGCACAGUCUAGUACUAGACAAGUUCGCGUUAAUGCAUUGCAAGCUCUACUUGAAUUGGAGGCGAGGUUCCGGGGUCUCGAUGCUUCUGUCAACCUGGCUCUUCGUCUCGUUAAAAAGGAUCCGUCUUUGACAGUUCAAUGUAAAGUCAUGGAGCAUGUUAUCAAUAUUUGUCUACUUAAAGAUGAAAUAAGCACAACUAUGAGCGGUUCCACUCUAGCUGCACUCUUAGAGCAAUUUGACAGCAGCGAAUCAUUUUCUAAUGUGCUGUUGCGUCAUCACAUUUUCUCGGUGUUGCAAAUUCUCGCUGGCAGACCAGCGUCUCUCUACCGAAGAGGGGACGCAUCGGCUAUACCGGCGCCAAUUUUGCAGAAAAUCGCCCCAGACAAAGUACAACCAAAAGAGCUGAAGCCCAAGGUUACACAGCCGCUGAAAAUAACUUUCCAGCCACCACGGCCAGAACCUCUUCGAAUUCGUGUCGUCCCGGUUCGACCAAACGUUCUUCCCAAAGAAGAAGUUCCUACUGCAAGUGCAAAUUCAGGAGGGAGAGAAUCAGUAAAGUCAGGUCCAAGGGUUGGUAAGGUGAAGUUGCGGCUGAAGCCAGCAUCUAGUGAUGCAGGUGGAAGUCCUAUGGAAGUUUCAGUCGGAUCUCACGAAAAGGGAGCUGUCACGGACUUAGCAGCUUCCCAAUCUCCUACGUCUGUGCAUAUUAGUGUGAAGGUUGAAAAGAGUGUUGCAGAAAGUCCUGUCAGUAGCUAUCAAGGAAAGAGGGACGAGGCUGUUGGUGCUUCUCGGGUGAAAGAAGAGGUUACAAGUCCGCAAGUUGAAGAGGGUGAAAUUGAUCCUGCUGAAGAUGAUGUUCAUCCUAUCAAAGAGGAGACAUUUGACACCGAGGAUCAGAACUUGGGGGUGCACAGAAUGCAGCAAGGAUCUAGCAUAGGUAGUGAAGGUGACGCCAAUGGUUUCCGUGAAACUGGAGGUCAUGAUGCCGGAGAGAGCUCUAGUCCGAUACGGUUGGGGCCGAAGUCAGGAAUGUCGGGAAGCUUCAAAAUGUCUCAGAAUGGCUCUUCUAAAGAACAGUGGGAUUCGCAGGAUAUUCAGCAUACUACAGAUAGUCAACCAGAGCCAUCAGGUGGAACAUCUACAGCGAGUGACAUGAAGCCUGUAGAGGUGCCCAGUCUGACGACUCAUGUGGAAGGAUCUGACGGUAAGGAGAGGAAGGAUAAGAAGGAUAAAAAGGACAAAAAAGAUAGAAAACAUAAAAAGGAGAAGAAAAAGCAUCACCGGGACAGGGAUGAUGAAUCUGAAAAUCAAGAGAAGAAGCGAUCGAAGGAAGAAGAUAGCGAGUAUCAAGAGCGAAAGCGCAAAAGAAAGGAGGAGAAGGAGCAGCGCAAGCGGGAGAAGGAAGAACGUAAAGUUCAAAAGCUCGAUGUAAAUAAGACGAAGAGCCUUCAUGCGGAAGAGAAACAUGCACUACCUUCUGAAAAGCCUGCGGUUUCUCGGGUAAGCAGGCCAGAAGGUGAUUCAAGCCAGAAAUUGCGCCUGAAAAUAAAAAAAAUUCACAGUGUUAGUCACGAUGGGCCUUAAGGGUGCACCUGGUGAACCUUCGCAUGUGUAGCUGAACGGAUGCAAGUCGGCACACCUGCUUCUGCCUAGCACAUCAAGGCUCGGGGCUGGUGGCAGGAACCCAGUGAUCACCCGAUCUUCUCCAUGCCCUUGAAUGCCGAGAAGUGCCUGUGGCUGACAAGUUCGUCGCAGUGGGGUGUGAGGGAUACGAAUGCCGGGGCCAGCCGUGUCUUGCGUACCUAAGCAGGACGGUUCGGGAAUGUAAGAGUGUUAGCGCUGUCUCAAGCGGAUGAUUAUUAGUCUCUAUCUGCUGGUUGCUGCAAUGCUGGUACUCUUGGAAAUUGGUGUCUGUAAGAUGGACGAAGUCCACCUGCAGGCUGUUCUUAGCAGAGAAAGAUCCAGCCAUGGAGCUGGCUUAUCUUCUUGUCUACAAGUGAUUAGCUUAUGAGCUGCAUUGUAAUCAUUUUGAAUGCACAAAGAAAUGUCAUAUUGGAUCCUCUUUCAGGCGUGCGUGCUGCCUCCAAGUGCCAAAGAUUUCAUGUCCGUUUUCCUUGCAAGGUUUCG